CCCCUCUAACACUGUGCCAACAGAGAGAGAGGAAGAGAGAGACACACACACAGCAGAGAGAGAGAGAGAGAGAAAUAGAGAGAUUGAAACCCCAUAAUGCACUGCACGCUGCGGGGCUGAAGUCGUGCAGAUUCAUCAGUUCCUGUUCGGAGGGAUUGUGUGUGAGCGCACACACACAUUCGUACACCAGGACCGAGUGCAAGUGAAACACUCAGACAACCAGGCAGAGAGAAGUGCCUUCUUUCGGUGACCCCUGUGGCUGUUUGGCUCUACUGAAGCCGCCUCUGCCUCUGUGCCUGUCCAUGUCUGCCAGAGUUCCAAGCCACACCUGAAGCCCCCAGGACUGCCAGCCCCCGUCCUCUAAACCAUUCUCCACCCCACUCCAUCUUCCCUCCAUCUCCAUCUGCCAGUCAGACCUCUCUCCAUCCAUGCCACUCAGCCCUCCUCUGUGGAAGUCCACCACUCCCCCUUAAUCUGCAAACAGAGCCUGAUACUGAAGACACACAGCUUUUAUCGGCUCCUGUGAGCGGAAGAUUGUCUCCUUGCCGUCCUGUCCACCACAGCCUUCCUCCUCCUCAUCCUCCUCCUUCUGUUCAUAUUUCUCCUCCUUUCUUCUCUCCUCCAGCCCCGCAUCUUUUCAUCAUGGGCCAGCUCGAUUGAUAACGUGUUUUGCCAUUCUUUUCAUCUGACAGUUCAGCCGAGGAGCGAGGCGAUAGGCAAAACUGGUGCGUGUGCGUGUAUUUGAGAGAGAGAGAGAGAGAGAGAGAGAGAGAGAGAGAGAGAGAGAGAGAACGAGAGUGAUUACAAAGCAAACCCCUGUGGCCGUCACCAGCCCAGGACCUGGGUGACAGGCGGUGGAGGAUUCCUAUUACAGCCACAAACAGACUCUUAGGAUGGGCUGCUGUUAGGCAAGUCCCAGGCCUCACAGGCUUUUACCUCAGAAUCAGACCCUGGGGACAAAACCUCUCAUAAAUAGAUUUUUCCCAUGUCCCUGACCUAUUCUUUAUCAUCAUUUGCCCCAGUGUCAUUAGAAACACAUAACUGCAUUUGCUGGAUAUCUAUUCCUCUUAAUCGAGCCCUACUGCCUGGUUCGAAAUGGCGUUGAAUAUGACACAGAUCCGGGACACAAAGUGGCUGACGUUGGAGGUUUGUCGGGAAUUCCAGAGAGGAACGUGUUCACGACCGGACAGCGAGUGCAAGUUCGCCCACCCUGCCAAGAGCUGUCAAGUGGAAAACGGCAGAGUCAUUGCCUGCUUUGACUCCCUCAAGGGCCGCUGUUCCAGGGAGAACUGUAAGUACCUGCACCCACCCCCCCACCUAAAGACCCAGCUGGAGAUCAAUGGAAGGAACAACCUCAUCCAGCAGAAAAACAUGGCCAUGCUGGCCCAGCAGAUGCAUCUCGCCAACGCCAUGAUGCCCGGGACACAGCUACAGCCAGUGCCCAUGUUUUCAGUCACACCCAGCCUUGCAACCAAUGUCAAUGCUGCUGCGGCAGCGGCUGCUGCGUUUAACCCCUACCUUGGCCCUGUGUCGCCCGGCCUGAUGCCUGCUGACAUGUUGCCCAGUGGCCCCGUACUGGUCACCAGCAACCCCAAUGUCCCUGUACCAGCUGCUGCUGCUGCUGCUGCACAGAAACUCAUGAGGACAGACAGACUGGAGGUGUGUCGGGAAUACCAGCGAGGUAACUGCACACGUGGGGAGAACGACUGUCGCUUCGCCCACCCUUCAGACAGCACUAUGAUUGACACCAACGACAACACCGUCACUGUGUGUAUGGACUACAUUAAGGGCCGCUGCUCGAGGGAGAAGUGCAAGUACUUUCACCCUCCGGCUCACCUGCAGGCCAAGAUCAAAGCUACCCAACACCAAGUCAACCAGGCGGCAGCUGCUGCAGCCAUGACUCAGUCGGCUGUCAAAUCACUGAAGCGACCCCUCGACGCAUCUUUUGACCUGGGGCUCCCUCCUGUCUUGCCUCCUUUACCAAAGAGACCUGCACUUGAAAAAGCCAACGGUGCCACCACAAUGUUCAAUGCUGGUGUAUUUCAGUACCAACAGGCCCUGGCCAACAUGCAGUUUCAGCAGCAGGCUGCCUUCAUACCAUCAGGCUCGAUAUUGUGCAUGACACCUGCAACAAGUGUUGUACCCAUGAUGCACGGUGCUAAUGUGUCUGCAGCCACCACAUCUGCAAGUGUUCCCUUUGCAACUGCAACAGCCAAUCAGAUUCCAAUGAUAUCUGCAGACCAUCUGACUAGUCACAAGUAUGUGACCCAGAUGUAGGAGUCUCAAUCAGAACAAUGGAACUGGAGCGUGCUGGUGUUGAGUCUAAGAUUAGCGGUCACCAUUCAUGCCUGUAUCAUCACGAGCAAAAAGGAUUACCAAAUUGAAAUCGGUUUGGGAUAAAACUGCAUGUUAACAUAGGAGACCCAGUUUGUCGGGAUUGUUUUCAUGUGUACUUCACGCACACUAUAACACAACAGAAAAGAACAUCAUUUGCAUUAAAGACUGCCUUUCGCUCUGUGGAGGCCAUUUACCUUUAUACACCGGAUACACUUUGAAUGUUAACGGGAGGUAAACGAGUGGAGCAGUC